AUGCACUUCAAUAAAGAAUCGGGGGGUGAAGGUGUUGAACAAUUACUUGAGGAGUUGCGGCAGUACGAGCAGCAAAUAUCGAAUCUAACGGCAUCUAUCGAGAGUCAAAACGAGGAGCAUGCCGGGAUAGAAGCGGGUCUCAUGGAGCUAAUCCGCGAGAAAAUCGGCGGCAGUUCCUCACCGCCGGUGCCGGAGAAUAAUGCCAACGGUGGGGAGUUUUCUUUGAACUUUGGCAAACUGCAGGAUGAGAUUGAGGCGACUCGUCAAACCCUGCAGGUGGCACACAAAAACGAAGUGCUGGCAGGAACCGCGUUGGCCCGUAUCGCAACCUUUAUUACGCAGCAUGAUGAAAAGUACAAACACCAUCUUGACGGCUUGAGGGAAGUCAUUCAGAGGUUUCAGGAUGUUUUGGGCAUGAGCGAGGAACAUAACACCCGGUUAAAGGCGGAACUGAAAAUGAAAGCGUGUGGGAAUCCUCUUAAUGGAUGUGUGUGGACGUCUGGGGCGACGCAACCCCAAAACUGCCUGGUUGAAAAGAAGCUGGCGCCAUGCUACGUUGAAGUGACUACAACAGUGAACUCCUUACUGAACUGCAUGGCGGCAAUCCUCGAUUCGUUUAAAGUGAAGAAUAAACUUCGUUUGAGCAAUCGAAGCUGUCUAGAAGAGGCACAUCAGAGAGUCAGGUCUCAGCUAGUUAAGCAGAGGGAGGUGUUAACAGAUGUUCGCCAUACUGUUGACAAGAUGGAGAGAGCCAUAUCGGAACUGCAAGUGGAAAACAAUGACAAGAAAACCAUGUGGGAAGAGUUGCAAAAGGAGCUGUCGGAGCUCGAGAGGUCUCCGAGUCCCAGUGAGAGUACGGUUGCAACGAUGGAGGCAAUGUUGCGUUUGCCGAUGGAAAUCGAUGAGCUAAAGCAGGCGCUAGAAGGAGCAUCGAAGUCAACUCAGACGGUGCAGUCCGUGGAGAAAAAAACGGUUGAAGUGGCAAACGCCCAAACGUUCAAGUUGGAGCGCGCCACUAGCGCCCUUGAACGUGCCAGAGGAGCGGUCGCAGCACUGGAGGAUGAGAAGGCUGAACUGCAAGUGCAAAUAGAGGCCAGUCGUGAGACCACACAGAAACAGCUGCAGCAGAUGGAGGACGAGGCACAGAAGGUGAAGGAGCUGUAUGAAGAGGGAAAUGAAAUUAAAGAGGUCCAAAGGCUGUUAGAAGCGGAGGCGGAAUCCCUCACGGCUUCCCUCGAUGAAGCAAGGAAGCGCCUAACUGUACUGCGGGCCCAGCUAGAGUCGAAAGCAAGCCAAAAGGCGAUGCUACAAGACGAGAAGCUGGAGACGGAGGAAAAUGUUAACAACUUGAAAAACGAGUGUGUGCGUGCCCGCAAUAAAAUUAUUGAAAUACGUAAGCGUCUGUUUGCGCUACGGCAAGAGGAAGAAAAGGUGUCAAAGGACUUGGAGUACAUCACCUCACUUGUGCCGGAAACAGCUCUGUCGUCAUUGCCAAGGGUGUUUACUUCUCAGCUAGAGGCAGAUGUCCGGCGGCCUGAAGAAAACCUGCGGCAGCUGGUGAGUUGGCGAGAUAGAAAUCUAUUCACGAAGGCUCGACAAGAACACCGCUGCAACGUGGGGGCAGCAGGUGUCCCUUGCGCCGGCAGUACGCCUCUUGACACGGUCGUUGAGCUUGGUGCCAACACGCGUGUCCUGCGACGCUCAUCCUCUUCCACAACAACGCAGCGACCAUCACGUUUCAUAGGUGAUCCCGCUCCAUCAUCAACUCCUUCGCUUGAUGCUCACUCCUCCCCAGUUACGACAGGACGGGAACCACGGGAAACAGCUCUGCUUGGGCCCAACGAAGAACCGCCUAGCGGCAAGACGAGUCAGAUUGUAGUUGACGGCACGAGAUAUUCGCUUUCCCAUUCCCGCACCUCUGUUUUUUCGCCCAUCCGCUGCGAGUUUAGGAGGGACUUCCUCAGAAGCAAGAUACCCUGCAAAACAGCGAACAGACGAAACAGCGGUAAGGCCUUUGGCGGAGUCGCCGGCCAGUUUGAAUGCAAAGGGAACAGAAGAAGGCAGUCCAGUGAUUGA